AUGGGAUAUGAUGGACUGGUGAAGCUGGACCCUGAACAACACCUCCCAUAUGUCACUGGUGGCCUCGGUACAUUGCCUUCAGGGUUUGAGACGUUGGAUGCAAGUCGGCCCUGGCUCGUGUACUGGAGCCUGAAUGCGCUGGUGAUUCUCGGUGGCACAAUCUCGCCAGAGCUGAAAAGAAGGGUAAUCAACACGCUUCGCAUGUGUCAGGCAGAAACAGGCGGGUUUGGCGGUGGUGUUGGUCAGGUCGCACACGCCGCGCCAACAUACGCCGCCGUCAACGCCCUCGCCAUUAUCGGCACAGAAGAGGCAUGGAGCAUCAUCAACAGGGAGAAGCUUGCGUCAUGGCUCUCGUCGCUGAUUGAGGAUGACGGCUCAAUGCACAUGCACGACGAUGGCGAGAUUGAUGUCAGGGCGGUGUAUUGCGGCGCAUCUGCUGCCCGUCUGUGCGGUCUCGACGUCGACACCAUCUUCGCAAAGUGCCCGCAGUGGGUGGCAAGGUGCCAGACAUAUGAGGGCGGGUUUGCUGCCAUUCCGGGCCUGGAGGCACACGGCGGGUACACGUUUUGUGGUUUUGCAGCCAUGUCCAUCCUCUGCAGCACACACCUCAUCGACAUCCCCCGCCUCACAGAGUGGCUGGCGAACCGGCAGAUGCCCAUGUCGGGCGGAUUCCAGGGACGACCCAACAAACUCGUCGACGGCUGCUACUCGUUCUGGGUUGGCGGAUGCUUUCCCAUCCUCGCUGACCUCCUUGAAGCCCAAGGACUGCCGGGUGAUGUUGUGAACGCAGAAGCGUUGAUUGACUAUGUCGUGUGCGUGUGCCAGUGCCCAAGCGGCUUCAGGGACAAGCCUGGAAAGCGGCAAGACUACUACCACACGAGCUACUGCCUGAGCGGCCUGGCGUCCAUGAAGCGGUUUGCACCCAACCAUCCAAUCCUUUCACAGCUGAACGCAACACACCCCAUCCACAACGUCCCACCAGCGAACGCUGAACGCAUGAUCCAGGCCAUGUCCAGCCAGACCACCACAAGGCACUGA